GCUUUGUGCAAAGAUGAGGGAGCGUCUCGGGUUGGUGAUGCUCUUGAUGCUCUCUGCUGCUCCGAGUUGUGACGGCACAUCUCCACCUGGGAAACCAGUUCUGGAUGGCUGCAGGUCUCCUGACAAGGAGACGUUCACCUGCUGGUGGAAGCCGGGCUCCGACGGAGGGCUGCCAACAGUACACCGCCUCUUCUAUCUGAGAGAAAAAUUAGAGGGAAUCCACGAGUGUCCGGACUACAGCUCAGCAGGAGAAAACUCCUGCUUCUUUGGGAAGGACAAGACCUCCAUCUGGGUCGAGUAUAGGCUGAUCGUGGUGGCCUUCAACGCCCUCGGCAACACCUCGUCAGACUCCUAUGAGAUUGAUGAUGUGAUGAAAAUCGUGAAGCCUUACACUCCUGAAAACGUCACAGUGUUUGUGAACAAUACCGCCACCAGUCCAUAUCUCCACGCAAGGUGGAAUCGUCCUCAGAAGGCAGACACCAAAUCUGGCUGGGUCACCAUAAAGUAUCAGCUGAGAGUCAAAAAAGAGGAGGACAGUACCUGGGUGACGUACCCAACUGGUAGAGACAACUUUUAUAAAGUGUACAAUGUUGAUCCUGGGUCUACGUACAUGGUUGCAGUGCGCUGUCAACUAGAUGAGAGCUCUUGGAGUGAGUGGAGUCCCACCUCUUCUGUGAAAAUGCCAAAUCAUUUUCACAAUGAGAAACCCUUCUGGAUACUGGUGUCAAUCUUCUCUACAGUUCCGUUGCUGGCAGCUGUGUGUAUUUUGGUCCUGAAACGGAAAUUUGUGAAGCAGUGGCUUCUGCCUCCUGUUCCUGGUCCAAAGAUAAGAGGAGUUGAUGUUCAACUUCUCAAGAAUGGGCAUUCCGAGGAUGUUGUCAUCGCUCUUUUUGGCAACCAACACCUCCCCACUAUGACGGCUUGGACGGACCAGAACGAGGAGUACCAGCUUGUGUCUGACAGUAACAACUGGCUUUUAACAGACCCCUACAUAUCUCAAAAAAAGAAGAAAAGUUUGAUCAUUCCUGAUGGCGUACACUUAGAAAUUCAAUGUAAGGAGUCGACUCCAGAGCAGAACAACUGUGAAAAGUCAGAGGAAGAGAAGGAUGACAAGAAUCACUUGAAAACAACCAGUAAAGCCCAAUCAAAGGAAAGCUUACUGAGCACGGAGACGCCGCAGGCGCCUCCUGAGGAACAGCAGAGUCCGAGUUUAGAGUCUGUGAGCAAAGCUCUCCAGCAGAAAGCAGCCAGCGGCUACGUUGAUAUUCAACAGCAUGAGAACAUGCAGGUUGGUGUGGCAGGCUACAGCAAAGUGGAAGAGGUGGACGGCGAAACCGUUCUCAUCUUCAAGACUGAAAACGUCCCUGUUGGUUCGGUUGUUCAGAAACAGGAAGUGUGCGUGGACGAGCCAGACGACUAUAGCAGGGUCAAAGAAGUGAACUGUAACAUGGUUCUCAUACAGAGACACGACUCUGCGAACACUUUCUGCAAGAACAAGGAAAACCACGGCACAGAGUGGACCAAUCAGAAAACAAAAUACCCUCAUGGGACCGACUGCAGCAGAGGAACAAGCCUACAAAUAACGGGUAAUGGAUACAUAGAUACUGUUCCCAGGUUUUAUGAUGCGUGAUUUGCUGAUACAGAUAUCUUUGAUAAUUCUCCGCAGCUAGAGCUGGCAAGAACUGAUAUUUACAGAAGAACUGACUCUGAAUUUGAUACAAAUAUCCAGAGUUGCCAAAGGAUGAACCACUUGUGACAUGUAGUGAAAUUUAUUUUUUGUAGACUUAGAUAAAAGACUAAAUGGAUUUAUUUUCUUUAAGUUUUUACUUGUACAAUGAAAGUGGAUAUUUAAGAGUUUUGUCAAGUCGUACGUGGCUCCUAGUUACCUGUAAUAUAUUUUUUAAAGGACAUUUUUGGUUAAUUCUUGAAAAGUUUGUAAGUUUUCAGCACAUUGUCUAAAGACACUCCUCACCUUUCUGUCGUAGACGUCAUGAAGUUUAACGUAAAUCAAAGCACAUCGGCCGGAUGGGGCCUCGAGGAGUGGUGAAACUUGUUUGAACACAAACUACUUUUGGUUAUGUCUUCACAAAAUACCUG